UUCUUGUUUUUCUUUUAUGUUUUCUUGAGAUCCCAAAAAAUGGAGCCCAAAAAUAUGCAAAGUUCACCACUGAAACCUUACAAAUAUUUGUUGGGAACACAGAUUUUGUUGAGAAUUUUGGCUACAAUAUUCACGUUGGCGUCUACUUGGAUUAUUUUAACCAGCAAACAGACUGUUACUAUAUUUGGCUUUGAGAUGGAUGCACGCUAUAGUUAUUCUUCAGCUUUCAAGUUUUUUGCUUUUGCAAAUAUGAUUGGAUGUGCCUUCUCUGUUUUGUCUCUGUUUCUUGCCUCUGUUUUAGGACAUAAAGGUCUUGCUCCAAAGAAUUCCUUUUACAUGUUCCUUCAUGAUUUGAUUGUGAUGGCAGUGCUGCUAGCUGGAUGUGCAGCUGCAACAGCAGUUGGAUAUGUGGGGAAAUAUGGAGAGAUGCAUUCAGGAUGGAUGCCCAUUUGUGAACAUGUUGACAAAUUCUGUCACAAAGUAACAAAUAGUGUCAUGCUUUCCUACUUUGCUGUGUUUUUCUACCUUUGCCUCACCAUUAUCUCAGCAAAUCAAUCCAGACAGAUCCAAGUUUAACGUUUCAGAAAUAUCAUUUUCUUAACGAUACAUAUCAGAAGUUGAAACAAAAGAACAAUGAUGCAAGGGUAUUCACUAAGGGCUUCCUCAGGCCAAAUGCGCGUGUGUUGUAUGUUAGUUUUUGGCUCUACUGUGUACAACAUGUUUACUGAUAUAUCAAUCUUUUAGUUUGU